GCUGUCAAACCGGUCGCGCCAGCCACGCCGGCCACGCUCCACGUGUAGUUUUGCAGGUAGAAUGGCUGAUAUGGCUGGCGUUUUUGGUCACUUCGUAGAUCUCAACGCAUGAUGUCGGGGAGAAAGCGACAGUCCCGCGACAGCACUUGCUUCGUGCCUGGCUGCAGGAGUGGAUACCGCUCGUGCAAAGAAAAGUUUUCGCUGUUUAGAACUCCACAAGACUCCGCGAGGCUGCAAGAGUGGGCGUGCAAAAUCAAGCGUGAUGACAGAACCCUCGGCGAAGCCAGCGUCGUGUGUGAGAGACACUUUGAGCCCCAGUUCAUCGAACGAACCUUCAAGAACGUCGUCCAAGGGCAAGUCAUUGAGCUACCACGUAGUGUGCCGCAGCUGACGAAGGACGCUGUGCCGAGCGUGUUUCCGGACGCGCCCAAGUACUUCUCGAAGCCAGUGCCUAAAAAAAGAAAGGAACGUAACCUGUGUGAUCAGGUGCCACUGCCACUUGUCAAGAGGCACUGCGUGGAUGUAGAAAUGCAACCUGAUGCUGACCUGCCCGUUAGUGAUGCUUCUCGGGACACUGCUCUCAUUCGCGAGUGCCUUGAUCUGCUGCCUGCACCUCCGUGGACUAAGAUCAACCUCGACGGCAACACAGAUCAAAUAACCUUUGCUCAUUGCCAUUUGAGUGAGGAAGGUGCUCUAGGUGUUUUGCACGUGAGCCGUCGCAUUGUGCUUGAUUUUGCUGCGCCACAGGGCUCAACUCCAAAAGCAACAGUCUAUCUUUGUGGAAAGGAAAUCAAAAAUCAAAGUAUAAGCAGCGCAAAUGACGUCAAAGUCUUGUUGCACGAGAUCGGAAGCAUGAAGCUGUGCCCUGGCUAUGGUCUGAAACCUAUGACAAAAACUUUUGUUUGUUUCAAUGGGUGCUACUUUUCAGCAAAAUGCUCUCUGAUUUCUGAAUCGCCCUGCUUGGCGUGCAAGUAUAUGCGUAAACUGAGCCAAAAUGCAGCCUCCAGGAAGAAAAGAAUCAUCAAAGCAAAAAAAUCAGCUUCGAAGAGCCGUGCUUUACGGGUACUGAAGAGGAAAUUGGCAAAAGCACAGAGUGCUGUUGAGAGCAUGAAAAACGAGAACGAGCAGCUGUCGAAAACAGACUUUCAACAAAGGAUGAGUGCUCUGCCUUCGAAACAGCAGCUUGCUGUUACAGCUUGCUUUGAAGCUGCCAGACGUAAGUCGGCAAAGGGCAUGCAGUACACGAACGAGUGGCUUCUUGAAUGCAUAUUAAUGCGUAUGAAGAGUCCGAGACUCUAUGAACACAUUAGACGACACAAGAUACUUGCCCUACCUGGACGGACGUGCCUGCAAAAGCGGAUUCUUGGCUUCAAAGGCGGCUUCGGUUUUAACCAAAAAAUAUUUGAAGCCCUUUCUGAGAAGACGAAAUGUAUGGACAAGUUUGCAUGCCAUGGAGGCAUUGUGUUUGAUGAGAUGAAGAUUUCAGAGCACUUGGAUGUCAAGUCAACUGGCGACUUAGAGGGAUUCGUUGACCUCGCACAGUUUACUCCAGAAUCACAGAAGGGGCAAGUUUGCGAUCAUGGGAUGGUUGUUCUGUUCCAACCUUUCCAAGGUAAGCGAUUCCAUUCUGCUAUUGCAUUUAUUGUGCUGCAUUGCAGGUGUGAAACAAAACUUUUAUUUAUUGUCUUUUGGCUUCUUUCCUUAGGUCAGUGGACACAGGUCCUUGGUGUGUUUGCUUCACGUGGAAAUGUUAAAGCUGACACCUUGGCCAAAAUCAUUGUCGAGGCAACAAUCAUUUUGUCGAUGAUUUUGUCGAGGCAACAAAAUCAUUGUCGAGGCAGCCUUGUACGCUAGCUCGCCAAACUACCAGUUUCUUAAAAAGUUCCUGGAGUACCUGAGAAAGUGGGAAAGCCACGCGAAAUCUACUGUGAGUGGCUUUCUGAGUUCUAGCACAGCAGAAGGGCUACAUGUGACAAUUGAAAGCACGCUACAUCUGCUUGACUACAUCAACACAAUCGGGUUUAAAUAUAUAAUGACAGCGAAUUUGAGCCAGGACAGGCUUGAGAACCUGUUUGGCGUCGUUCGACAGUCAUCUGGUGCAAACGAUCACCCUACUGCUGCCCAGUUCUUAAUCACAGUCAAUGCACUCGCAUUUUACAAUCUAGCCAGGCCACCCAAGUCAGGCAACUGCUCUCCAGAACUGAUCAGCUCUCUCAUUUCAAACGUUGGAUCAGAGCUGCACAAGGAGCGAGCGAUAGACAUUUUGGACGGGCUGAUCGACAAAGGAAAGCUUAAUGACGCAGAAGAAGCACUCAGCUCUUGCACGCCGUCAGACCACAGUGCUUACGUAACAGAAAAAAGCAAUGACUUGCUUAUUUACUACAUUGCUGGAUAUGUAGUCAGAAAGACAGUGAACAAGACUUCAUGUGAGGUUUGUGUAUCCUUCCUGCAAACUGACCAGUACACCGCCAUGGAAGAGGAUCAGGCUUCGUCAUUUACAGCCCACUUCGACAAUGGAGGUUUGAUGUACCCAUCUGGCCCCCUUAGGAACCUUAUAACUCUCCUUGAAGAUAGUUUCACAACUUAUUUCAGCUUACACAAGCUCCACUCCAGGAGCAUUAAGGACUUCUUUUCCUUCUUGGUGAAAGUAGAGUUUCCCACAUUAGGUUGUCUAGCACAUGAACACACCAUAACAACAGGUGUAAUCAAGUAUUAUGUACUUCUGCGUUUUCGAUUUUACACGAAGGCGCUCAACAAUGACAGGAUGGCGAAACAGGAGCGUAUGAAGCUACUGAAAGAAUGGAGGCUGAAGUAAGAUGAAAGCGUGUAUUAUAAGUAGGGUUCUGCGUUUUCGGAGUUUAUUCAGUUUUUUUCCCCUCGAAAGUGGGAGUGUUUUUGUUUUAUUUUUCGGGGCUUAAUUUUCUUUUACCGAUUUGGUGUUUUUUGUGUAAAUUGGUUAAGUCAUAACCAAUUUACACAAAAAACACCGAAUCUACAAAAAAAAAAAAAAAAAAAUACCCCCCCCCUCCCAAAAAAGAAAAA